CCCACCCCUGCCUCACUGCCUCCCACUGCGCUGCGCUCCUCACCAUGGCAGAGACUGCCAAGCUCCAGCUGUUUGUCAAGGCCAGCGAGGAUGGUGAGAGCGUGGGACACUGCCCUUCUUGCCAGCGGCUCUUCAUGCUCCUGUUGCUCAAGGGUGUGCCCUUCACCCUCACCACGGUAGACACUCGCAGGUCCCUGGAUGUGCUCAAGGACUUUGCACCCGGCUCGCAGUUGCCUAUCCUUCUCUAUGAUGGCGACGCCAAAACGGACACAUUGCAGAUCGAAGAGUUUCUGGAGGAGACACUGGGGCCACCUGAAUUCCCCAGCCUGGCACCUCGGUACAGGGAGUCCACCACGGCAGGCAACGACGUCUUUCACAGGUUCUCCGCAUUCAUCAAGAACCCAGUGCCCACUCAGGACAAUGCUCUGUACCAGCUGCUGCUGCGCGCCCUCACCAGACUGGACGGCUACCUGCGCAGGCCCCUUGAACACGAGCUGGCACAGGAGCCACAGCUUCAGGAGUCCCGCCGCCGCUUCCUGGACGGCGACCAGCUCACGCUAGCCGACUGCAGCCUGCUGCCCAAGCUGUACAUCAUGGAUACGGUAUGCACACACUUCCGCCAAGCGCCCAUACCCGCCGAGCUGUGCGGCGUCCGCCGCUACCUGGAGAGCGCGCUGCAGGUGAAGGAGUUCAAAUACACGUGCCCAUGCAGUGCUGAGAUCCUGGCGGCCUACCGGAUGGCCGUGCACCCCCGCUAUCCCCUCCCCACUGCUGACCGCCACCCUGUCUGCUUUUCUACAGCCCCAUAAAGGCAUGUCUGCCCCAA